AUGCCAGAAACGUUCAAUGGGCACAAUCUGCGAGUUCUUCAAUGGAACCUCUUAGCAGAAGGUCUUGUGCCAGAAGGGUUCAUGAUGCCGCUGGUAAGCCAGAAGCACGUCGAGAGAUCAGACACAUAUCUGGAGGAGCUUCUUCGCAAAAGCGGGCCCGAGGACUUGCAGAACGCUGCCAGACUCGCCUCCCAGGGCUACCGAAGCUUCGUGUGGAGAGAAGGCGAUGGAAGCUCCGAGGGCUCCUGGGAGGAGUUCGCUCGGAUGGCCUGUAACAUGGUCCUGGCCAUGAAAGGGCUAGCCCCGUCACAGAAGGAGGAGCGGGGGCUGGAGCUUAAGAAGAUGUAUAAUCCAGACCUGGAUGGCAAGGGGACGGGUCAACUGACUGUGAAUGAGAAGGCGAUCGUCGGGGCUGAGCACCGGCUUUUUCGAGUGGUGUGGUUCGUGGCCCUUCUCAAGCCCGACAUCAUCUGCCUACAGGAGCUCGACAACUUCACUUUCCUCUCCAAAGAGCUGCAGAAGCUCGGGUAUGCCUGCAGCAGCGUGGAUGCCGAAGCCUACGUCCCUCUUAAGGAUCGGACUGGAUCGACCUACAGCGAGAAGCUCGCCUCCUCGUCCUGGGCCUUCGCUCCAAAAACUGGCUUCAAGAAGGGCAAGAGUACGGCCCGCCAUUUCUUGGAGAAGCGUGUGGCAGACGGGACCGGUGUGAAAGCGCGGUUCCACGGGCAAGAUGCAUGGCCCGUGGACGAUGACGGGCAAGCAAUUUUUUGGCGAGCAGAUCGUUUCCAGAUGGUUGGCAAACCUGAGUUUCAGACCUUGCCGGGAGAUCCGGACAUCGAUGCCUUCGUGGAGGGCACAUCCGAGGUCCCAGGAUUUACGACUGCAGAUCAGGCUGCGGUGAGGGUACUCCUGCAAUUCAAGGAAUUGGACGAGCGACUGCGGCGGCAGCAGUUCUAUGUAUGCACUACGCACCUGUCCAGCGGAACGGACAGCGAAGUCCGGCGAAUUCAGCAGCUGCACCACCUGGGCCAAUGUUGGGGUCGCAGCGGUCUGCCCGAGAUUUGGUCCAUGGAUGCGAACACCGAGCUAGACUUCGAUGAUGCGGACAUGACCUUCGGGAGUGUCGUGCCCAUUCCGGAAGAAGCCAAUGCACUGCAGAGCUUCAUGCACAACAACGAUCUGAGAAGCAUCUGGGAGGAGUUCUACAGCAGCACGCGUGACAUGUGGAACCCACCCGUCUCAGUGUGGAAGAUGCGAGGAAGUGCUUCUGCACAGCCAAAGAAGGUUGGCGAGGACCCGGACAUGUACCAGCUCAUUGACCACAUCUUCUACGAUGGUCGGCACCUCUUCCAGCUUGGUGAGCAGGCACUGCGCCUCCGAGAGAAGAAGACGGAUGCAGCUCAGCUGCAAAAUCACUGCUUUGGUGCGCUGAAGUGGCCGCAAAGAUGGCUGCAAGAUCACGCAGACCGUGACUGGCUGGCACUAAUGCCAAAUGAGCUUCUACCAUCGGAUCAUCUUCCCAUCGUGUGGGACUUCCAGCUACAAAUCAAGAGCCCACGCAUCGAGUCGACCGUGCUUUUGAGCACCGCGGAGCAGCUUUUCAACCAGCUGAGACCUUGGUUAAAGCCAGAUGAUGAGACCCUUGUCGAGAUCGAGGCAUUGUUCAAGCCUCUGUACUUUGCGGGGGCUUUGACAGCCAAAACUGAGCUGGGGCAGCUGCCUGACGCUGCCAUUGACAUCUUCCAUGCGCUCAAGAAGAUCGCCGACGAGGCAAAGGUCGUACUUAGUUACGAGCUGGUCUAUGGCACAUCCAAGUUGGAAGACUUCCGCGAAAGAAUCAUCGCGGCCACCGGCCGUCAUCAGUCAAAGGCGACCUACGAAUGCUGCCUGGUAGAGGCUCUGCUCUUCUCUGCUGCGGCCGUGGUCGCCGUGGGGACGCAGCUGCUCGGAGAUGUCCGAAAUUUGAUUACCCUGGCUGCGAUGCGCUGCAUCAUGAGAACUUUCACGGCCGUGCCGAAAGCAGAUGAGCAAUGUGUGGAGAUUAUGAGCAAGGGCCAGCUUUGGGCCCUCCUCGCGCAGCUCACGAGCACCAUUGCACCCAGCUGUCAUCACAUGGUGGUGGCCUUGGACAACGAUGGUUUGGUUGAUCCGAAAGACAUGAACGGGCUGCUGGGCGAGAUCGGCGAGCAGCUUGCUUCCAGGAGAACCUGCAAUGGUCCCGCACUUUGUGUCCUUCGGUGCAUAAACUGGAGGCAGUGCGCAACAGGAUCGCACGUGGCAGCCGCCGUGAAAAUGCUUUUCCAGGCCAUCGAGUCAGGCAAAAUACCCUUCCUGGAGCAGCACAUGAACAACGUCCCGGAAGAGCCGCCGGCGGGCAGCGCGUCGGAUGCCAUCAAGCUGCUCCGAACCGGAAGCAACAGCCCGAAGCCCUCGCUGCUGAAGAACACCCCCCUGGAGUUCCUGCACAAGCAGACCUUCGAUCAGUCUGCCGCCAUUGCCGCCUUGUCCGCCCUGGCCAUGUCGGGAAACCUGGACUCCGGGGGAGGCUUGGCGUUGAUGCUGGAAUCCCUCCAGCGCCAGAUUGCCUUGGUCCAAGGCAGCCAGGUACCCGAACGCCAGGCCAGGGCGUUGCGGAGACCGCCUCCCUGGGUGGUGGCCUCAUUCGUGCGCCGGGCGGUGGUAACCGCCUGCGAGAGUUUGGAGCCGAUCGACGCCCUCUUGGUGUCAGUGCAGAAGCUCCACGUGCAUGAGCAAGCGAAGAAGAGGGCCAAAGUGAACCCUGUGGAGGAGCUCAUACAGGCCUUGAUUGAGUUGCCUCAAGACGGGAUCCAGUCUCAAGCCCACACCUUCGGACGUAUCUUGAGAUUGUUGGUGAAGCUGUGUCAGCGUUGCGGACCCGCUGCGUUGCUGUCCCCCAUGGUGGCGAGGAGUGGCAGCGACCGGAUUCGAGAUGUAUUGCGAUGUCUGGCAUUGCUGCCAGCCGAUGAUCUCCAGCGCUGGAAAACUCACUUGCAAGUGAAUCGCUUUCUGGACUUGCUCCUCCACUCCGACCUCAAGUCUGACAAUCUCGCAUGUGCCCUUCAGCAGAAGAUCCAAGAUGCAACCGAGGAGCCAGAGUUCCUCGAUCUCCUCUUGAUGAGACCUCCGACAGAAAUCAGAAGCCAAAAGUCUUUCGAUCUGAGCAAGAUAUUGGACGAAAUUGAUAAGUUCGAGUUCGUGAAGACCUUGUCGGUUGUGAAAGCAGCGUCCGAGAAGGCUGCAGCAGCACCCUCACUCAACGAGGAGCUUCUAAUUCCUAUGUAG